UACACAGGUGUAGAUAGCGGGGAAAUCGGCAGACAGCCCCACCAGCACUACAUGCGUAACCUAACCAGAUGGAUCUCAGCAUCGGUUGCGGUUGUGCGUGAAGCACGGUCUACAGUAGUGGUGAUCCUCGAGAAUACCUUUUUGUGGCAUGUCCUCCAUGAUGGCAUUUGUUGCCUAUCAAGGAAUUCACGCUGGACGUCAUGCGCAUAUGAUAUACCAAACUGCUUGGUUAUGACGACAAGCAUAAAACAACAUUGUGAUGCUGUUUAAAGCGGCUGGGGCCGCCGGGAUUU